AUGCAUGAAGUUGGAUUAACGUGGGAUCUCACUUUCUUCACUCAGCUUGUAUUGACUCUCUUCUUCCUCUCCAUCGGUCUCCUCUUCUUUGUCAAACGUACGGCGGCUAAGUACUUCGAGGUCGGCGGCUCCAGCGGUUUCGAUAGCGACCACCGCCGAGAUUCCAUGGUUCCCGACACGGAUGAGUGCUCCGUCUGUGGGAAGCUCUCCACCAAGAGAUGCUCUCGCUGCAAAUCCGUUAAAUACUGUUCUGCGGAGUGUCAGAAGUCAGAUUGGAAAGCGGGGCAUGAACUAAAAUGCAAGGGGUUUAAGAGUACUGACUCGUCACUUGCGAGAAGAGAGGAUUUUGAUUUCAAAGCUUCUCUGUUUGGGAAUAGAUCUGCUGCGUCUAAGACUGCAUUGGCUCCUAAGGCUAUCGUCAAGCCAGGAGAUGUUCUUUUCCCAUACGAGGCUUUUGUUAACUAUUUUAACUGGGACAAACCUACAUUGGCUCCUUGUGGGCUCACCAAUUGUGGAAACAGUUGUUUCGCUAAUGUGGUUCUACAGUGCCUUUCUUGGACACGCCCUCUCGUUGCGUACCUACAGGAGAGAGGCCACAAGAGAGAAUGUAGACGCAAUGAUUGGUGCUUCUUCUGUGAAUUUGAAACUCAUCUCGAAAGAGCAAACAUGAGCCGAUUUCCUUUUUCGCCUAUGAACAUUAUCUCGCGGUUGCCUAACAUUGGUGGAAAUCUCGGGUAUGGGAGGCAGGAAGAUGCUCAUGAGUUGAUGAGGUUUGUAAUUGACAUGAUGCAAUCUGUUUGCCUUGACGAAUUUGGUGGAGAAAAAGUGGUGCCUCCUCGUGCCCAAGAAACAACACUUAUCCAACAUAUAUUUGGUGGUCUCCUUCAGUCACAGGUCCAGUGUACUGUUUGCAGUAAUGUUUCUGACCAAUACGAAAAUAUGAUGGAUUUAACCGUUGAGAUCCACGGGGAUGCGACAUCGUUGGAGGAAUGUCUCGAUCAGUUCAGUGCGAAAGAAUGGCUUCAGGGAGAUAACCUCUACAAAUGUGAUAGAUGUAAUGACUAUGUGAAGGCGUGUAAGCGCCUUUCAAUUCGUUCUGCUCCUAAUAUUCUUACAAUUGCCUUGAAAAGAUUCCAGGGUGGGAGGUUUGGUAAACUGAACAAAAGAAUUAGUUUUCCAGAGACAUUUGAUCUUGGCCCUUACACGAGCGGUGGAGUAGAAGGAUCAGAUGUAUACAAUCUUUACGCGGUGAUUGUCCAUUUAGAUAUGUUGAAUGCCUCAUUUUUCGGCCACUACAUUUGUUACGUUAAGGACUUCCGAGGAGACUGGUAUAGAAUAGACGAUUCUGAGGUGGAAAAAGUUGAACUAGAAGAUGUCCUUUCUCAACGAGCAUACAUGCUCCUCUACAGCAGGGUUCAGACCAGACCAUCAAGUCUUAGACCCGAAGAAGUUCAAGAUGAGAAGAAAACAGAUACAUUGAACACAGAAUCUAGCCAAGAUGGCUCUGUUGAGAGUUCUGGGGGGGGAGCAAAGGACACGAGUGUAUCCUCGCUGUGUAACGGCGUCAUCUCACAUUCAGAAGACCCUGAAUGCAAAGAAGGAUCAUCAUCGUCAUCAUCUUUGUCAUCAUCAGUAACAGUCUCUGAAAGAGAAGGGGAAGUUUCCGAAAGGGUUGAUACAGUAGAUUCCGAGUCAAACCCUUCCAUUGACAUGGAACAUGAUUCUGGCACUGAUCAUCAAGAAGAAGAACCAAAUGGGAAAGAACAUCCGGCUGUUGACUCUUCUUGUCUAGACAUUAACACUUCAUCUCCAUCUGUUGUUAAAGAAAAUCCAAUGGUUGAAGAUCUGUCUGUUGACUCUUCUUGUUCGGACAUUACUACUACAUCUCCUUCCACUGCUACAAAGUCCAAACACCCGGAGGAAGAAGAUCUAGAUACCAAGAUGGUCGAUGAUGCUCAGUAAAUCCAAAAGGAUGGUAUUAUCACCACAUUUUUAACUCUUGAAAAUCAACAAGGGAGCUUCUAACUUAACAAUAAUGUUGGCAAGUUUGUUAUAGACUCUGCGACUUAUGGUGCCUGAAGGAUAUAGAAAUCGUUAGUCCUAUGUGAGAUAGAAACUUCAGGAGCCGGAAGUACGUAGUAAGUUAUUCUUUUGACGUUUAUUUUGUCUGUUGAGAUAGAUUUUACCAAUGAACCCAAAACUCUUAUAGCAAUAACGAUUUAUGGAGGAAGAACACAGUGAAAACUUUUGAGCUUAUUUGUUUGUUUUUGUUUCAGUUAUGUUUCCUGUUUUGGUACUUUGGCCACAAAUUUGAACACCGAAUCAGGCUUCUUUAGCUUGGUUUGGUAUGGAAUUAGUUUCUGCAUUUAGUGUACCAUAAUGACAAGUGAAAA